ACCAGGAUUAUUCACGUCAAACAACGUUAAACAACGCGUAUACCGCCUUUAAGAAGAAGAACAGCCUGUUAUACAUUUUCCUAUAUUUCUUCAUACAAUAAAAUAAACAGUGUAAAUUGGUCCCAGGAGUGUCGGAACUAUCCACAGAGUACGUUGUUUUGUCACGACUUCAUCUACUAGUCGAACGGGGUGCGUUUGAUUCUUAACAACCUGAAUUUCAGGCGGGUGAGGUUUCUUCCAGCGCGUUGAUAUUUGAGAACCGCUCCAACGUCUUACAGUGACGGUUAAGGUCGAGUUCCGAAACAAGCGCACUAGCGGAAAUCUUUAGCUAACGUUGUUUCUGUCCAUAGAGAAGUGUUUGGGGUUGAACUAUAACGAUGUCGCCACUAAAAAUCGUUUAACAUAGAGGAGAGUAACGGCCACACGACUGUUAGCUGAGAGCAGAUUUCUCGUUUUGGGGAUACUUCACUGAAUGUAAAAUUCCCUUUCGCUAGCUUCUGUUUGAACUAGGGUGGCAUCGUUUGCUAGCUCAUCAGUGCUCUUGCUAGCGACUGCACCAGGCGUAUAACGACAUGUCAGAGUCCGGCCACAGUCAGCCCGGGUUGUACGGGCAGGGACGUAGGAGGAGGCGACGCCGGGGUGACAGAGAUGCCGGACCUCCGGGGCAAAACCUGUCCGGUCCCAGUCGGGAUCGGGAAUACCAACCGAGAGAACGAAGGGAUGGGAGCGAAGAUCCACCAGGCCCACUCAUUCAGAAGACCCCCAUCAUUCUUGCAAAACCCCCUGGAGAAAGGGCCAAAUCAUCACAGAAUGCACCUGUCAGUGGAGCUCCGGUCCUGGAGAAGCCCAUCAUGCUAAUGAAAGCCAGGGAUGAUGGAGGGAAGCCGGGGACCCCUCCAGAGGCGGCAGCUCAGCCCUCCGGCCCCGGGCCCUCUAAGAUAGAGAGGGAAGGGCAGCGACCUACCCAGCCUGUAUACCAGAUCCAGAACCGAGGAAUGGGUGCUUCUUCAUCAAGCAGCGCUGUGGACCCCAUGGUUGGCCAGUCCAAACUCCUCCCUCCAGAGAAGAUGAAGCACAGCAUCAAGCUUGUGGAUGAUCAGAUGAACUGGUGUGACAGUGCCAUGGAGUAUCUCAGGGACCAGACAGACAUGUUGGUAGUGGGAGUCAUUGGCCUUCAGGGAUCUGGGAAAUCUACGAUCAUGUCACUGUUAUCUGCCAACACCCCUGAGGAAGAUCAAAGGGGUUAUGUGUUCAGAGCCCAGACUCAAGAAAUCAAGGAACGAGGAGGAAACCAGACCACAGGGAUUGAUUUCUUCAUCACACAGGAGAGAGUCAUCUUCUUGGAUACCCAGCCGAUGCUCAGUCCAUCUAUUCUGGACCACCUCAUCAACAAUGACCGCAAGUUACCUCCGGAGUACAACCUUCCUCACACAUAUGUUGAGAUGCAGUCUCUUCAGAUUGCAGCCUUCCUGUUUACUGUGUGCCAUGCAAUCAUUGUGGUUCAAGACUGGUUCACUGAUUUGAAUCUCUACAGGUUUCUUCAGACUGCCGAGAUGCUGAAACCUUCCACCCCCUCUGCAAGCCAUGACAGCGCUGGCUCUUCAGGCGGUGAUGAUGGAGCAGAGUACUAUCCUCAUAUAGUGUUCCUCCAGAAUAAGGCCAGACAGGAUGAUUUCUGCCCAAGGAAUCUGAAGAACAUGCACAUGGUGGUGGACAAAUUAAUGGCCCACUCUCAUCUCAAAUACAAAGGUACAUUGUCCAUGCUAGACUGCAAUAUCUUCCCUGGCCUGGGACAGGACUAUCUGUCACCUGAAGUCAACAUGUUCCUGCUUCCUGUGCAGGAGAAUGAUGGGGAGGAUAGUCUGACCAAAGCAGGGUCGGGAACAUACCCGCUCUUCUCCCUGCUCCCGGGGUACAGAGGACACCCUUCCUUCUCCACCAUGGUUUCGAAACUUCGCAGCCAAAUACUGACCAUGCCCCGCUGUCAGCUGUCGCACACUAUCCUCACUGAGAAGAACUGGUUUCACUAUGCCGCUCGUAUCUGGGAUGGGGUGAAAAAGUCCUCAGCCCUGUCAGAAUACAGCCGUCUGCUCUGCUAAGAGCUUGGUUGAACUGCAGUUGCAUACAACAGCUGUCCAACCUCUAAUGUCCAGUUAUCAGGUCACAUAAAGAGAAUUAUGGCCCUGACAGUGGAGACCGUUAUUCACACCCUACAGGAAGGACAAGUGAGACUGGAAGCUCGGUCAGUGUUGAAGAGUCGGAGAUAACACUGGAUGACACCAACGUCUGUAGACUUUGGAGAGAAACAAAACCUGCUAACUCUUCAUGAAGAGAAAGUUAGAAAGUUGCCUUUCCCUGCCCUCGGAAAAUGUUCAAGAGACACAGCUGCACUCUGUUCAGCAGUGGUGAUGAACAAUGAAAAGGGGUUUGUCUGCACAAAUCAUGUGCAGACAACAACUGCAGUUUCAGUGUACUGAUGGUGUACCAAUGUUUGGUGCGCACGCUCUUUGAGAUGAAGACUUAGCCUUCUGUAAGUUAUUUUGUAUUUUCUUUAUAACAUCAUUGAAAGGAGUAAUUGUCAAAUUACUCAUAAAUAAAAAGGAGACUCCAGUGAAAAGAUUGCUUUUCAUUGCACACAUUUGUUGCAG